CCUCCCCUAAAGCUUACAUUAUUCCAUUUCCCUUUUGAUCAUUCCUUAGGGACACAACAUUUUGCAUACUAUCAUUGAGAGGGUUACAACUAGCACCCUUUCUUGGGGCGCGCACUUUUCUAAAGUGCGCGCACUACGUGAACCAGCAACGCCUAUGCCAUGGCUCUCAGACAAUACAAUGUUUCUAUAUCGUCACGACUAAUGCCCCUACUCUUGGUUGUAUUCCUCCUUCACCUUCCCAUUCGGUGCCAAAGCAGAUCCGAAGCGGAGAUCCUCCUGCAAUUCAGGGACUCAUUGGACAAUGCGGCCGCGCUGUCCACGUGGAACGCCUCUAUUCCGCCAUGCAUGGGGUGGAGUGCCAAUUGGGAAAGCGUUGUUUGCGUGAAUGGCCACGUGCAUGGCAUUAACUUGAAUGACAAGGGACUUGGCGGGACCAUUGAUGUCGAUACCCUAGCAGAGUUGCCCGAUCUUAGGAGCUUUAGUGCAAUGAACAAUAGCUUUGAAGGUGACAUUCCUGCCUUUUAUAGACUUGGCACCUUGAAAAACCUCAAACUCUCCCAUAACAAAUUUUCCGGCGAGAUUGUGGACAGUUACUUUUCCGGCAUGCGGUCGUUAAAAAAGCUCUAUCUUUCCAAUAACCAGUUCACGGGACCUAUUCCAGGCUCAUUGGUUGUGGCCAAGAGGCUUUUGGAAUUGAGGCUAGAAAACAAUGCGUUUGAUGGGAAAAUACCUUUUUUGCAUCUUCCCAGAUUGGUAUUUGUGAAUUUAUCAAACAAUGCUCUUGAGGGUGAAAUCCCAACAACCCUUUCACAUUUCAGCGUUUCUUCAUUUCAAGGAAACAAUGGUCUUUGUGGAGAGCCCUUAAAUCCUUGCAUUCUAAACCCCGAACUAUCCCUGACAACGUUAAUUAUUGUAGGGAUAGUUGUGGGGUCAGCGGUGCUGGCCAUUGUGGCGGUCAUCUUCAUCCUCCGUCAGCGCAAUCCGGCAGAUUUAGAGGAAGGCUUAAUAGUGUCGUCAAGUCACCGCCGAAUGGCAUCUGCUGAUUUAGACAAACUUGAUCAAGCUUCACUCUAUUCAUCAGAACACUCUUCUUCUACUCAAAAGGGGGACAACAGCCUUAGGCUAACCUUUUUGAGAGAUGAUGGUGAGAGAUUCGACUUGGCGUCACUUCUAAAGGCAUCGGCGGAAAUAUUGGGAAGCGGGGUGUUCGGGUCGACGUACAAGGCGACACUGAGUGAGGGGCCGGUGUUGGUGGUGAAGAGGUUCAGGGAGAUGAACAAUGCCGGGAAGGAAGAGUUCUAUGAGCACAUGAGGAGGCUCGGCUCCUUGACUCACCCCAAUAUCCUCUCACUCACCGCCUUCUAUUACCGCAAAGAAGAGAAGCUCUUGGUAGCUGACUAUGUCCAAAAUGUUAGCUUGGCUGUUCAUCUUCACGGGAACAAAUCAAGCGGGAACGAAUGUCUUGACUGGUCAACUCGAUUGAAAAUAGUCAAAGGAAUUGCAAGAGGUCUAAUGUAUCUAUACACAGAGCUUCCCGACCUAAUCGCACCGCACGGCCAUCUAAAGUCUUCAAAUGUUCUUCUCAACACAUCUUUCCAACCACUUCUCAAUGACUACGGCCUAUUGCCGGUGAUCAACAUCGAGCAUGCACAAACACACAUGAUUGCUUACAAGUCGCCGGAGUACCGGAAGAGCGCCCGGAUUUCCAAGAAGACGGACGUCUGGGCGCUCGGUAUACUCAUUGUAGAAACCCUGACUGGAAAACUUCCGUCAGGGUUUCUACAGAACGGGGACGCCGAUUUAACCGGAUGGAUCCAGUCAGUGGUCCCCAACGAAGAGAACUUGACCAGAGAGGUGUUUGACAAGGACAUGAAAGGAAUUACGGAGGAAGGCGAGGGGCAAAUAAGGAAGUUGCUAAGGAUAGGUUUGAGAUGUUGUGAAGUGGAUGUGGAUAAGAGAUGGGAUAUCAAAGAGGCUGCGGAGAGGAUUGAGGAAGUGAGGGAAAGGGACGGGGAGUUUAGUGAUUUAAAUUUGAACAAUAAUAAUGAUGAAAGCCGAUCAUUGUUAACAAAAGAAACUUAACUCUUGGAUAGAAUGAUAUAUUGAUGGAAUGGGUUUUUCUUCUUCGAAUAUAGUUUGGUUGGUGGCACACCAUUUAAAAAUGAGGCAGCUAGGAGUUAUUUUUGAAAUCUUUUACUUUUAUUUUAUGUUGAUGUAGGGAAGAGUGAGAAUAAAGGGUUAUUGUGU